AAGGGGCGGCGCUUCGAGCUGAAGCUACGGAAGCAGCUCCGGUGGACGAGAGCUCAGCUCAGUCGCGUUUUAUCCUCUUUGACCAGGACGAGUUAGCUAAACGCAGCAAUGCGCGGUCUGUCCUGCUGCUUUAACACCGCGGACAGCUCUAAAGACAUGAUUACUCCCGGGUCCUGCGCGUUGAGCGGAAUCUGAUCUCGGCUAGUCUUUGUGAAUAACUGAUUAAUCUGAGUAAAAUGGAUCAGGAGGAGUUCGAGGACAUAGAUUCACCUGGACAGUGGCAGAACCUCUAUAACGAAAUCCGUAACCAGUCUCAGGAGUGUUCCUUUAAAGUGGCAAAGUUCCCAGAAAACCGAAACAGGAACAGAUACAGAGAUGUCAGCCCUUAUGAUCACAGCCGGGUGCGAUUGGAAAAUUCUGAAAAUGACUACAUAAAUGCAAGCCUAAUAAAUGUGGAUGAUGCCCAAAGAAGCUACAUACUUACACAGGGACCCUUGAGAAAUACUUGUGGUCACUUCUGGUUAAUGAUCUGGGAGCAGCGAUCCAAAGCUGUCAUCAUGCUCAACAGAGUGGUAGAAAAAGGAGCUGAGAAGUGUGCACAGUACUGGCCAUCAAACGAGGAGAGACAAAUGGAUUUCAGUGACACAGGGUUUGUGGUGACUCUAGUGUCAGAAGAUGACAAAUCUUAUUACACGAUAAGAGUGCUCAAGCUUCAAAAUAGCAAAACAGGAGAGAUCAGAGAUAUCUACCACUUUCAUUACACCACAUGGCCUGAUUUUGGCGUGCCAGAGUCCCCAGCGUCUUUUCUCAACUUUUUAUUCAAGGUCAGAGAGUCAGGUUCAUUGGAGCCUGAGAAUGGUCCUGCUGUGGUCCACUGCAGUGCAGGGAUUGGUCGAUCUGGGACAUUCUCAUUGGUUGAUACCUGCCUUGUCUUGAUGGAAAAGAAGAAGGACCCAUCGUCUGUGGAUAUACAGAAGAUACUGUUGGACAUGAGGGAGUAUCGUAUGGGCCUCAUUCAAACACCAGACCAGCUUCGCUUCUCGUACAUGGCUAUAAACGAAGGAGCCAAAUUCGUCUUAGGAGACUCCACUCUACAGGAGCAGUGGCAGAAACUGUCUAAAGAGGACAAAGAGCCAGAGGCCUAUUUGCAGUCGCCUUCCAUGGACAACACAGGGCCUGCAGACAAACUAGAUAAAGUCAAUGGACAGAUGGAAGAGCCAGGAGGAAAAGAAGCUGUGAUAGAGCUGCCAAAAGAAGGGCAACAAAUAGAGCUAAAAACAGAGAGCCUGCGUAAGAGGCAUCGUGAGGAGCGGAUAGCCAGCACAGCACAGAAGCUUCAGCAGAUGAAGCACAAGCUGAGUGAAUCAGAGAAGAAGAAGGAGAACUGGAUGUACUGGAGACCCAUUCUCUUAAAUGUCGGUGCUGGAGCAGCUCUAGCCAUGGGACUGUUCAUGUGCUGGGCUUUCCUCUCACAAUGACACCCCAUCAACAGACACUUUCCACUCAUUUUUUUUAUUUCAUAGUGGGACCCAGGUCAAAGUACUCUCUAAUGAUGAGAUGCUUGGAUUUUUGCAAGCAAUGGAUGUUGUUCAUCAAUUUCUGUCAGUUUUUGUGCUGUUUAUGCUGGAAACAUUCAUCCCAGGACAUUCUGCCUGAUUUCCUGAAUGUUAUAUUUACAUUAAUUACUUUAGUAAUUCCAUUUCUGUUCAAGCAAUCAGCUUCGGGCCUUAACACCUGUAAUGUGUUAGGAAACUUGACCCAUUAGAACCAAUUUAGAAUACUUAUGCCAGUCAGGUACUGUUUUAUAGGAACAUUUUUGUUAAUCACUCCCUGAUCUUUAGAUAAGUGAUGUGUUUAGGUACUCACCAGGUGCAGAUGUCCCUUUUAUUUUGUUAAAAGACAGAAAUUGUCAUUCAUGAUCUUUAUGUUCACAUCUCAGGAGUUUUAGUAAUGAACUGAUGAAAGACUGUCACUGAACAUAACAGGUGGGUCAUGCUCAAUUUUGAAAUAAUGUAUAUAGUAAAACACCACAAAUGUCUGCUAAACAAAGAAAGUUGUUCUUUGUCUGUUUGUCUCAAUAGUGGAAUUUGUUGGUAAGGCUAUACUAGGUGUCCUUCAGAGUACUUUUUGCCGGUCUAGAGAUUUAUAUCCAAUAUAGAUAACACCAAGUUUAUCAGAAGAUCCAAAAUACAUACUAAGGAUUUGGAUUCGACUUUUUCUUCAUUAACCAGAAGCAGCAAAGAUGGAGACGUUUUAUUUAAUUUGCACAUUUUUACACAAUGGCCCUUGUAUUUUAUGUGUUCACUCCUAGGGGUCCUGAUUCUUGUUAGGCUUGUAGAAUAAGUGUUAGGGCUACAUGGCCCUUUAAACAUAGAUUUUUUUAAAGACACUCUCAAAACAGCAGGCUAUGAGAAAUUACUGGAAAAAUGGCUGCACAAGCAAUCAAAGAAACCCAAAGAAAUCCAACUGUUUUCCUUGUUAAAAAGUACAAUAACCCUUUAUUAUAUAUAAUAGUUUAAUGUGUAGUUAAAUUAAUCUAAAAUGGUGCAACAGAAAAAAAGUGAAAAGUUAAUUUCAGCUCCCCUUCAAAGAACAGUUAAGGGAUUGAAAAUAAUAAUGAUUAAUUGCUGCGUCUCCUGCUCCACAGCUAUCACAUUACCCCAGCAGGGUCAUCUAGAGAACCUUGAAAGGUUAUCCAAAUUAGAAAUGGGAUUGGGCCUUAAACUCACCUGUCUGUGACCUAAAAUCAAGAAAAUUAUUAGUUUCUGAAUUAAACAAAAAGAGCACCUCUAUUCUGAGUAGAGUUUUAAUAGAAUGUACACGUUUCUAAAUUACAUUGGCUACCCUGGAAAUAGUAGGGUUAUAUAUUUAAUUCCUGUCAUGAUCAAUGCAACUAGAGCCAUGGUUUCUGGAAGCUGUUUAGAAAUAUAGAUUUUAUUUUUCCUUCAAGGACUGUUGCCUGAACUUAAAAAUGAUUUGUGGAAUUAGUGAAAUCAAUGUGGACCAAAUGGGAGGCCGUAUACAGCUUCAGUUCCUGGAAUUGAUCCAGUGUGUUGCAGAAGUGGCUACUGCUGGCAUGGUAAAAUCUAAUUAAGUUUCCAAACGGGAAAGACUGAUUCAUUUCCACUGGUCAAGAACAGUGAACCACAUAUGGGAAGAUGGGCCCAAUUUGAUUAUAUAACUAAUAAUAAUUUUUACUGGAUCCAGAUUUGUUACUGGUCAUUUUAUUAUUAUUGUAAACAAGAUUGUGAGAGAAAAAUAAAUUAAAAUAUAAAUUAAAAUAUACUACACGCUUACUGUAGACACAAAGAUAUACUGUGUAAAAUACUGAACAUUUAAAAGAGUCCUGAUGGUGUGUGUGACUUACACAGACUAUACUGCCUAACACAGGUUUUAACUUCACUGAUCUCACUUGAUUUUUUUUUUUUAGCAAUAAUUUAUAUUUAAUCUUUCAGAAAAAGUAAAAAAAAAAAAAAAAAAAAAAAAAAAAAA